AAGUGACACUCCGUUUUCAGAUUUCUCCUCUCGUCAGUUCAGUUCGCCAGCAGUCAGAUUCCGUCAUCGUCGUCGUUCAUCGCCGUUGAGCAAUCUACGAGAGAAAAAAAAACCUGGAAUUUCCAGCACUUUUUGGGCGUGAAAUCGGUUCCCCAACCCCGGAACAUCCGUCGCGGAACGCGGUGCCGUCGGUGUAGUUUGUGGCAAACGGGUUGUGUGGCCCACACAAGGGGGUUUGGAACAGGGUAGAAUCUUACUUUUUCAACACCUUCGCGAAAGAGGUGCGGUGGUGGCAGCAGGGAGUGAGUGAGACAGGAAGAGCAAGUGACCUGCUGGAAGUUUUAGCUCGCUUUCAAGGUGUGCGCUGGCAGUGUGUGUGUGUGUGUGUGAAGUAAAAGCUAUCAAGCUGGAGAAGAAGAAGCAGAAGCAGGGGAAGGUUGUUUUGUGAAACGUCAGAAUUAAAUUUGGGUUGUUUUGGAAGGGCAGUGAGUUGGUGGAAUAAAUUGGGUCUUGCGUAGCGCGCGCCGUGUAGAAGAGGAUUAUCCUUCCGGAGCUUGUGUGUUUUCAAGUUUGGGAGGCGACCCUGAAGACAAUCAAUCACACAAAAUGGAUAAAUUUAUCAGCAUGUGGAAGGUGCGAGAACUCGCCGAUAAAGUCACCAACGUGGUGAUGAACUACACCGAGAUCGAGGGCAAGGUGCGCGAGGCCACCAACGACGAAGCGUGGGGCCCGACCGGUCCGCUGAUGCAGGCUGCCCACGCCACCUUCACGUACGAGCACUUUCCCGAGGUCAUGUCGAUGCUGUGGAAGCGGAUGCUGCAGGACAACAAAACCAACUGGCGGAGGACGUACAAGAGUCUCCUGCUGCUGAACUACCUGGUGCGCAACGGGUCGGAACGGGUGGUGACCUCGUCCCGGGAGCACAUCUACGACCUGCGCUCGCUCGAGAACUACACCUUCGUGGACGAGAACGGCAAGGACCAGGGCAUCAACGUGCGGCACAAGGUGCGCGAGCUGAUCGACUUCAUCCAGGACGACGACAAGCUGCGGGAGGAGCGCAAGAAGGCCAAAAAGAACAAGGACAAGUACAUCGGCAUGAGCUCGGAAGCGAUGGGCGGCGGAAUGCGGUACGGUGGAUCCGGCGGAGGGGGUGGCGGCGAGUACGGAGGGUACCGGGACAGUGGGUACGACGGCAGGAGGAGCGAGGAUCGGGGAUAUAACGAGGGGAGAGAUCGCUACGAGUAUGACUACCAGUACGACGGAGAACGGGAAGAUUCAGAUACGGAGUCAAAUGGGCCUUCGUCCAACCGAUAUUACGACAAGGAGCGCUCCAAGAGCCCCGCCACGCGACAAUCAUCCUCCGUUUCGGCCCACUCGCACGCUUCCGGCUCGACCCUCGGCAGGCGAAAGAAGAUCAAUCUCAACAUCAAAGCCCCGACGACCGUUUCCGCCGUGACCAAACAACCCGGCUCGAAAGCGACCAAGAAGAUCGACAUGGGUGCCGCGACCAGCUUCGGCAAAUCGACCUCCACCGGAACAGUGACCAGCAGCAACGUGCCGACGGCCGACCUGGGCAUCAACUCGCCCACCCACCGAAACACCCACGCCGAGGAGAUCCUCGUGACGCACGACACGACCACGACCGCGGACGAUCUGUUCAAGACGUGUCCCGGCCCACCGUCGGUCGGCAGCCCCGGCAAGCUGGAGGAGUUGGACGAUUUUAACCCGCGAGCCGCGGACGUACCCGCUGCUGUUGCUGCUGCAGCGCCCGAGUUUGGGGACUUUGAGUCGGCGUUUGGUGCGCCGCCGGCGAGCAAACCUGCUGCUGGGGAUGACUUUGCGGACUUUGCGGCGUUUGGUUCGGCGGCUGUGCCGACGCCUGUGGCGCCAUCGACGGAUUUGUUCUUUGGAAUGAGUCCGAGCAGCGGUAGUUCGUCGGCGAAUCUGUUUGGAGGGAUGGCGCAGCUGACGCCUGCGGCGCCGGCGGCCAACGACCUGCUGUCGGACCUGAGCGGACUUUCGCUGGGCAGUACCAAUGCUGGCGUCGAGUUGAGCCGCUGUACGCAGGAUCUUGUCCGGGUGCUGCAGGAAACGCCACGAAUACGUUCCGGGGAGGAGUUGGAUGCGAUUCGGCGGGGAUUGGAUGGCUUGUUGGAGUGCUUGCCGGGGCCGAGGACUCCGGAGCAGCUGUUUCGGGUUGAUCGGGAGGAUGGCGGAGCCGUAGAUUGGGACCGCUUUGCGGCGGAGGAUUAUCCGGGAUUGCUGGAGGAGUUGGUGGCACGGUUUGACGGGGAGUUCCCCGGGAUGCCGGUGCCGGAUGGGCGCGUUUGGAGGUUGUUCUGCGUGGAUCGUAACCGGGGCUUUGUGGUGGAGAAUCUACGCGUGUUGACGGACGCUACGCUGCUGGAGCGGAAUCGAGAGGUAUUUGCUUUGAUGUUGAGUAGAUUAGUUCAGGACGAUGACUGGCUUGGGGCGAUCGUGGACGCUACGUUGGUUGAUAGAGGCUCGGAAAUUGACGGAUUGACGAGGCACAAUGCCCAAGUUAGCAGCGAUCAACUGGUGCAGCUUCUGGUAGCCAUUCCAAACCGAGUGGCGAACGUACUCAGAGACACUCCGGAUGUGUUCCUGCCAGAACGAUUUUCACAAAACCUGCUUCAACACACCUUAAAGGCCAUCGAUUGCGUAGCCAGAGCAACCGAAAUCCAUCAAAAUCUCACCACAGAUCCGACUUUCCUCUCGAAGCUACUCAGCAAGAUCGUCACCGACUUCAACUCCAAUAAGCAAUCUACCCAUCUUCAAACAUCUCUCCGAAUUCUAUCAGUUUGGGCUCACUCAAACUCCCACAAGCCCCUACUUCAAGCCAUCUUCACCAACCUAUCCCGCCCAGCCAUCGAAACUAUCGCAGUAAUCACGCUCAACAAAACCAUCGACCUGCACGACCUCCUCCCGGAAACCCUCACCGGCGAUUGGCGCUACGUCCUAACCCAGAAGAUCCCCCUCUUCAGCACCUUCCCCAACCCGGAUCCCAUCGUUGAAAAUCUCCUCCACCUGCUCGCGAGAAAGAACAAACCCCUUCUCCACGGCCUAAUCCAGGAACUCAUCACGGUUUGGUCCUCGCGCACCGCCAUCCAGCGAACCCCCUUCGAGCAGCAUCUGUACGCGUCCAAGCUGCUGCUGCUGGCGAUGGCCUACCAAGCGGAGAUCGGGAAACCCUCGGCGGAGCAGGUUCGCGAGUUUCGGCGGUUGCUGUUUGGUGGGCUCAAGUGCCACCUGGAGUCACCGGUCAAGCAGAUGCGCUGCGUCGGGAUGAUCGUGGCGGAGGUGAUUUUGGGCCGGUUUGGAGGGGACGUUCCGGCGGAGAAUCAACUCCGGUUUGAGUUUGAAGGGUUUGAUGGGAGGACGCUGGCGAUGGUGGAGGAGUUGAGGAGCUUUGGCGGUAGGUGUCGCUUUGCUGGAGAUGAGCUGUCCCAGGGAUUGAUUGAGGGCGGGGACGUGCUGGACGAAUUGGUUGAGAAGCUGUUUGAAUGCUCAACUGAACGGGAUGAAGUGGUUGCUUUUAAACCUGUCGAGACUCCCGUCAUUGCUGAAGUCGAGGUCGUAGACAUGAAACUACCAGACAGUAAGAAAAUCACUCGCAAAGAACAACGCGACAGCGAUGACUCUGAACUCGACUCCGACGACGAUCUGGAACCGUACGAUCUUUCAAACGAUACCAAAAUCGACCAGGAUCGCCUCCGGCCGCGCUACCUGCUAGAUCUACGCGAAGUUCUGCUGGACAACUCGGACCAGCAAACGCCGCAACGCUUCGAAAUCGCAAUCCAAGCCGCUCCAGACCUUAUCGAUCAGCAAAUGGCCAACAACGACCUCAAACUAGCCCUGGACCUACUCCAAAUCUUCCUCUCCCUCGAAAGUCGCUGCUACAUGGAAGACUUUGAACAGCUCAAGUUCACCUGCCUAGUCCGCAUCGGAACCACCUUCCCAAAACAAUGCGCCGAAUAUCUAUGCCGAGAGUUCCACUCCGACAUCAGCAAGUACUCCCUCCAACGGCGCAUCCUCAUGCUGGACAUCCUAGCCCAAAUGGCCAAAGUCCUCGCAAACCUGGACAAAACCGACAAACUCCCAACCCCAAAAUCUCCAACACAGCCCCAAAAACCGCCCACCAACCUCCUCGAGUCCAAGUUCCGCGAAGAAGCGGCAAGCCCGCGCGCCCUCGCCGAACGCAUCGUUCGCGACCGCAUCCAGUCCAAAACGCGACGCUUCAGCUCGCGCCCGCUCAACGCAACCCAACCCCCGGAAACCAUCAACCGCUUCUCCGUCGCCGGUCACUUUUUCUACCCGCUGCUCCGCGGGUUCGGCUCCAAGCAGUUCCUCUUCAGCGCCAAUCUGUCCUUCCAGUACGACGCGGAUCAACUGCUGCUGACGACCUUCCUGCAAACGCUCGCCGUGCUGAUGAUCUGCGCGGAGAAUUGUCCGGACGGGCGUCGCUUUGCGCGCGAGCUCGUCCAGCUGAGCGUGAUGCUGCGCUUCAGCGAGGAGCCCAAGGUGAGGGCCAGCGUGCUGCAGAUGUUGGCCGCGGUGCUGAUGGCCGUCAGCCGGGAGGUGCUGAGGCAGGAUUUGUACGCGGAGCUGAUGGAACUGCGCGCCUGGUUGGAGGAGUGUACCCGGGAGAGUGUGGUGGCGCGGGCUGAGCAGAAUGAAGAGUGUCGGGAGUUGGCGAGACACGUGCUGAUGAUGUGUUACGGGGUGCUGGCGGAGCAGUGAAGUUCGUGGUCACAAAGUGUGUCAUUUGAAA